AUGGAUUCCACUCCCUUGAGAUCAAAAUCCCAUUACCAAGCCCGCUCUGUUAGCUUUCCUUCAAGAUCUUAUCCCCUCGUCUUUCCUCAAUUCAAUGAGCAUUUAUGUAGACUAAGAGCUUCUGACUCCGAAGCUACCUCUUCCUCACUAUCAUCCAUAAGCAACAGAUUAACUGGCCUUGAAGACUUAUAUCAUUCUGUCAAUGAUUUACUUCUACUCCCACAAAAUCAGCAAAACUUAGCCCAAGUAUGUAAUGGGAAAUGGGUCGAUAAGGCGUUGGAUGGUUAUCUCAAGCUCUUGGAUGCUUGUGCAGCCACUAAAGAAGUUUUGUCACAGACCAAGGAAGAUGUAAAAGAACUUCAUUCAGUCGUGCGGAGAAAAAGGGAUUCAAAUAACGUUGGGGGAUUUUUGACCUCUAGAAAUAAGGUCAAAAAGCUUAUCAGAGAGUUGCUGAAGGAUUUGAAGAGCAUUCGGAAAAAAGACAUGGUUCCAGAUUUUGACAGAGACCAUGAAGCUGUUGCCAUUUUCAGCAUGCUAAGAGACGUUGAACAAUUCACUCUUGGGGUGUUGGAGUCAUUGUUGUUUUGUGCUGUGGGAACAAAGGUGCAAAAGGGAAGUGGAUGGUCUUUGGUUUCGAAAAUUAUGCACCAGAUGAGUGCAUCAUGUCAAGUCAAAGACACAGGUAUCAACGAGUUUGAGAAGGUUGAUGCAGCAGUUCAAUCUCUGAUUCGUGGUAAGCCAAUGGAAUCUGUCGACAAUACAAAGAUCGAGACAGUGCCAAGCCAGCUAGGAGAGUUGGAAUUGAGCAUUCAAGAUGUCGAAAAAGUUCUAGAGCGCUUGCUCAGGCAGUUAAUCAAAACCAGAGUAUCCCUCCUCAACAGUCUAAACAACUAGCAAGAAAAUUAUGGGCAUCCAAAGUGUA